AUGGAUACUGUGGUACUGGCUGCGGAUAUUGUGGAAUCAGGUUUUGUGGUAAUGGCUGUGGAUAUUGCGGAACCGGGUUUUGUAGUAAUGGCUAUGGAUAUUGCUGAACCGGGUUUUGUGGUAAUGGCUGUGGAUAUUGUGGCACUUGAAUCUAGUGAAAGGAUGCUGAGAUUAAAGAAUCGACCUUUUAAGUAUGGAGAGAUUUCAAGAAUCACUGGGAACUUUGGACGAGUGAUUGGUGAAGGUGGAUUUGGAAAGGUAUAUCUUGGCACACUAGAUAAUGGCACCGCAGUUGCUGUGAAGAUGCUCUCUGAAUCAUCAAGGCAAGGGUACAAGGAAUUUCAAGCGGAGGCGCAGCUCUCAAUGAUUCUUCAUCACAGAAACUUGGUUUCUCUGUUUGGAUAUUGCAACAAGUCCAAGCACAUGGCAUUAAUAUAUGAAUACAUGGCUAAUGGAAAUUAUGGCAACAUUUAUCAGGGGACCAUCUGGAGCACAAGGUACGCGAAUGAGAUAUCCUCAGUUGUAGGUUUUUUCCCAUCAUUGCUUUGGCAUUGUUUUUACACGUUUUUUCCGAGGAUUUCAGGUUUGGAUUAUUUGCAUAAUGGUCGCAAGCCAUCCAUCAUCCACAGAGACAUGAAGACUACUAACAUCUUGUUGAACGAAGAACUCCAAGCCAGAGUAGCUAAUUAUGGCCUGUCUAGAGCUUUUGCGACUGAAAAGGACUCUCAUGUGUCAACUUUUCCUGCGGGCACUCCUGGCUACCUCGACCCUGAGAUUCAUUCUUCUGGGAACUUUAACAAGAAGAGCGAUGUUUAUAGUUUUGGAGUCGUACUAUCUAAGUUGAUCAUGGGCCGACCCGCAAUAAUGAGAAGUCAGGAUGGCAAUGCCAGCUUGCACAUACUUGAAUGGUUGAUUCCGAUCGUUGAAAGCGGUGAUACACGGAGCAUUAUGGAUCCAAGGCUACAAGGAGAAUUCGACUUCAACUCGGCUUGGAAACUAGUGGAGAUUGCCAUGUCUUGUACACAACCAACGGCAAUUCAAAGGCCGGAUAUACAUCAAGUAUUGGCAGAGUUGGAGUCUUUGGUGAGCAAAUCAAGUGGUCCCUUUGAAAUGACCUCCUUGGACCUCCCAUCUCACGAGGUCCCUCUCGCAAGGUAGCAGAACUUUUCCAUACCAGGAAGGCUCGCUUCUUUUUAGGUUAGAGAUUAAUUUUUGUUCUUUAAUUGCAUCACCCAUUUCCCUUUUCUUUCUGUCAUUGAAUCUUCCAAACUCGCUGUCUAGCAAUGAUAUCCUUUCGUCCUUUGAGGUUCCUUUCUCCA